CCGUACCAAUGUGUGUGGCCCGUGAAAUAUGACACUAAAGCCGGCGGAAUCAUCUCAUGGACACAACAGUAUAUCGAAAAUGAGGGAAUAAUCCGAGGGAGACGCUCGGCGAGGCUCGUCUGUAGCUACGGUUUUGUUGAACUGCGAGUGGGAUCACAGCUGCUGGCUACGAAAUGUCGAGAAAAAAUAGAGAGCAAGCAAGAUUCGCAACGGUCCCAUCUGUCAACUUUCACCAUGAUAUUGAAGGACAAGUUCCAUUCCCCCAAGAUCAAGAGGACUCCAUCCAAGAAGGGCAAGCAGCUUCAGCCUGAGCCAGCAGCCAAGAGCACAGAGAAACCUGCUAACAAGAAGGUUAGUCGGCUAGAGGAGCAUGAAAAGGAAGUGGUCAGUGCCCUGCGCUACUUCAAGACAAUCGUGGACAAAAUGGUCGUAGAGAAGAAAGUGCUGGAGAUGCUUCCAGGCUCGGCCAGCAAAGUGCUUGAAGCAAUCCUGCCUCUGGUUCAGGUAGAGGCACGGAUACAGCACAGUUCGGCGCUGUCCUCCUGCCAUAGCCGUGUGUAUCAGAGUUUGGCCAACCUCAUCCGUUGGGCUGACCAGGUCAUGCUGGAUGGGAUCGACUUGGAGGACAAGGAAAAUGUGGCAUCUGUCACCGCUGUCAUCAAAGCAGUGCUGGAUGGAGUAAAGGAACUCGUGAAGCUGACCAUAGAGAAGCAGGAGCAGCCGUCACCCACAACCCCCAGCAAACCAGCACCACCUGCUACCACAGCAGAGAGCACGGUGUCGUUGGAGAUGCCCUUGAUAGAUCGGGAACAGGAGGUCUCGAAUAAGACGGCUCCAGCAGCUACUCCUGCAGAGGCCGCUCCUGAAAUACCAGAUGAGGACGUGGCCCCUCCCAAACCCCCUCUUCCUGAAGCCAAAAUGGCAGAGCUCAGUCCUCCUCCAGCUCUUCCCCCUAAGAAGCGCCAGUCAGCCCCUUCGCCUACUCCGGUGGCGGUAGUUGCCCCAAUGAGCCGUGGCUCCAGUCUGCCGUGCAGCGACCACAGACAGGAGUACGAGCAGGAGUUCCUGCAGAGACGUUUCUCAGGCGGGAGCCACUCCUAUGGUGGCGACUCUCCACGCCUUUCUCCGUGCAGCAGCAUGGGAAAACUCAGCAAGUCUGAUGAGCAGCUUUCUUCCAUGGAGCAGGACAGUGGUCAGUGUUCUCGUAACACCAGCUGUGAGACGCUGGACAACACAGAGAAUUACGACCCGGACUAUGACUUCCUCCACCAGGACUUGUCAGUUGGGGAUAACCUGCCUCCAAUACCGGUGGCAGGCUGCCUGAGCCCUCUGCCCGAGUCUCACAGCGAGUCCUCUUCCCCUGUUCCUGGACAGCAUCCCACACAUCCCCGCUUCAGUGCUCCUCCAGCCCAGCAGCCAGAAUACUGGACCCCCCAGCCUAAUCAAACUAAUCCCUUACAGUCCUCCCGCAUCAGCGCACCCCCUGCCUUACCGCUGAAGAAGCGACGCAGCACCCAAACAUCGCCCUUCCCUGACGCAGGGUCCAGGGUCUUGUAUGAGCGCUACCCUUCCCAAUAUGACAACCUGUCAGAAGAGGAGCUUCACCCCACGCCACCUUUCCCCCUUUUCACACCCAUCUCGCCCAUGCCUCAGACAAACGGGGGCGUGUUUGUUGCCCAGUACGUUGCCAGUGAGAAUGCAGAUGUCCCCGCCAGCCCACCGCCACUGCCAGAAAAGAAAAGCAGACACAUCCUUCAGUACAUGCAGUUUGUGGAAGACUACUCGGAGCCACAGCCCUCCGUUUUCUACCAAAUGCCACAGAGUGAAAGCAUCUACGAACAGCGCAACAAGCGCUUCCAGGAGGUCUAUGGAUUCAACGACUCCUUCAGCAGCACCGACUCAGUCCAUGAGCCACUGCAGCCCCCAGCGUUGCCACCAAAACAAAGACAACUGGCCUCCCACUCUUCUUCCCCUUCUUCCUCCUCCUCCUCUUCCCUCUCCUGCCACCUCCAGCCGUCUGUAGCGGCCAUGGAGGAGGCGGGCUCUGGGCUGGGCCUCAGCAUGUCCGUCUCUAACUCCUACCUGAUUGGCCAGGCGUCUUUGACCACGCCCACGAGCUUGGACCAGGUUGCCUUGACCAAUGCCACCAUUCUGGAUGGCAGCGGGGGCGGGCCCAACGGUUCCCUGGCUGGCUCAAUGGGUUCUGUGGCUGUCUGUCUUCCUUCUGAGUCUUCUCUCACUGACUCUCUCCACACCUCAGCGAGCGAGAGCGCGAAUGACGAGGGUGGGGAGGGGGAGUAUGUCAACUUGUACUCAUCCAGCCAGGCCAAUGGGGAGCUGCCUCUCUCCCUCAGAGAAACGAUUGCAGCUGAUGAUGUACUCCAAGACCCCACCCCUCAGACGCCAUCCACCAAUAGUAAAGAGGGUUUGGAAAAGGAGAGGAGGCAGAAGUCAACAGAAUCGGCUGGGAGCGAUGAGGAAGAGGUGGACGAGCUUUCCCUCAUAGACCACAAGGAGAUAAUGAGCAGGAUAACACUAAAACAAGAAAAUGACGAUGGUCCUGAUGUUCGUGCUGGAUCAGGAGAUAUUCUAUUAGUCCACGCUACAGAAACAGACCGCAAAGAUCUUGUUUUGUACUGUGAAGCCUUUCUGACUACAUAUAGGACUUUUAUAACCCCAGAGGACCUCAUUAAGAAGCUACACUACAGAUAUACCACGUUCUGCCACAGUCCAGACACCGUCAAAAAGAGAGUCAGCAAGAACACGUUCUUCGUGCUGGUUCGUGUGGUCGAUGAGCUGUGCCUGGUUGAGUUGACGGAGGACAUCCUGAAACAGCUCAUGGACCUGGUGUUCACGCUGGUGUGUAACGGCGAGCUGAGCCUCGCCCGCGUGCUCCGCAAGAACAUCCUGGAUAAGGUGGAGCAAAAGAAGCUGCUGCGCUACACUAACUCCCUCAAGCCCCUCGCCGCCCGAGGCGUCUCUGCAAGGCCUGGAACUCUCCAUGACUUCCGCAGUCAUGAGAUUGCUGAUCAGCUAACUCUUCUCGAUGCUGAACUUUUCUAUAAAAUUGAGAUUCCCGAAGUUUUGCUUUGGGCCAAGGAGCAGAAUGAGGAGAAGAGUCCGAACCUGACUCAGUUCACAGAGCACUUUAACAACAUGAGCUAUUGGGUCCGCUCUUUGAUAAUUCAGCAGGAGAAAGCCCAAGACAGAGAGAAGCUGCUCCUCAAGUUCAUUAAGAUAAUGAAGCACUUAAGAAAGUUGAAUAAUUUCAACUCCUACUUGGCAAUACUGUCCGCCCUGGACUCAGCCCCCAUCAGGAGAUUGGAGUGGCAGAAACAGACCUCAGAGGGAUUGGAGGAAUAUUGCACGCUGAUCGACAGCUCCUCCUCCUUCAGAGCGUACAGAGCUGCUCUGGCUGAAGUGGAGCCUCCAUGCAUCCCGUACUUGGGUCUCAUCCUUCAGGACCUGACCUUCGUCCACCUGGGGAACCCAGACCUCAUCGACGGGAAGGUCAACUUCUCCAAACGCUGGCAGCAGUUCAACAUUCUGGACAGCAUGCGCCGCUUCCAGCAAGUGCAUUAUGAGCUGAAGCGCAACGAAGACAUCGUCUCUUUCUUCAACGACUUCAGCGACCACCUGGCAGAGGAGGCCCUGUGGGAACUGUCGCUGAAGAUAAAGCCCAGAAACAUCGGCAGGCGUAAGACGGACCGCGAGGAGAAGACCUAGGGCUCGUGGGCCUCUGACACUGACCUCCAACUGUGCUUCAUGACACUAACUCCACUUUACUACAGACUGAGAGAAAGACGAAUGGAAGCUAUCCGCUGAAGCUAAUGGGAGACUCAUUGUGGGGAAUUCAGAACAAACUACAGACAACUGAAGCGUCGCCGAGGUUUACAAAGAGCUCUGCUGCUCUGGGAGAUUAUAAUUGGCAUGACUGUGGCUCUGGCAUUUAGACGGAGAGAUUCAUUGACUAUGGUGAAAGGAGAAGAAGAAGAAGCCUGGUGCCAAGGAGGGGUGAGGAAUCACACAGAGCGGACAGGGAGACACUACGGAAAUGACCAAAGUCUGCUCCCUGGGCUCUCUGUUUUAGAGUGGAGCUGUUGCGUGUGUGUGAGAUUGAACUGAAUGGUCCAUAACUCUCCAAGUUGCUCCUUCUUCUUCCUUAUGUAUGUGCCAUUUGUUGGUCAUCUUCUGCAGCCCCUCUCCCCGAGUUCCCCUCAAACAGCAGAACCUCGAGAGCAUCCUGCCGAGAACUGUGACGUCAAUGCGCAGACUGCAGAUCCGAGAAUCUGCUGGUGGACGUGAGGGGAUCUGAACUUGAAGAGAAGAUGGCCAUUAUAGACUGGAACCUAUGAGUUUGUUUUGAAACAUUUUGUGUAAGAAUCAUGUAUGGUUAUGAAAUGUAUUAUAUACAGUGCUCCUUUUGUUCUUUAAAAGGAUGUUUAUGCUUAUGAGAAGAGCUUCGCUUCUCCCAAGUGCCAUACGUAUGUGCACUAAAAAAAGCAAAGCAAAAACACAAAAAGAUAAAAUACUAAAGAUGCUGUGAUCUAUGUAAGUCAUACUGAAUCAUCGAGUGCCGUGUUCAAGUGUAGAGAACCGUCAGGCAGUCACAAUCACGUCCCAGUCACGUCAGUGUGUGAAAGAGUGUUUGUGUGCAACUGAAGUCCUCAGCGACUUGUGUGUUUGUCAUUCCAAAAUGUGCUGUAGUAAAUCAUUCAAUUCCUUUUGGGAUAAUUGUCAGAACCAACACAUCACACUGUGCUCUCAGACUCCAAUAAAACAGCUCUGUUUCUA